UUAUCCUCCAAGAUCAUCGAUAAUCACGUGAUGAUUCAGGCGGUUGGAUUCCUACUUAUUUAUUGUUGACUUCCCACGAGUAUCAACUUAACGCUGAUAUGUCCUAACACUAGAAUUCAUCAACAAUACCCAACUUGCGAGAAAAUCAUUGAUAAUUCAGCCUCUGGUUAUGGCCCAUCAGGAUUCCGGGAGGCUCCAGGAGCAUGAGCUUCGCCAGCUCUUGGAAGAAGCGAGGCAAGAAAAGCGACAGGCGGAAGAAAAACAGCGACAGGCAGAAGAAGAGAAACGACAAGCAGAAGAAGAGAAACGACAAGCAGAAGGAAGACAGCGACAGGCAGAAGAAGAGAAACGACAAGCAGAAGAAGAGAAACGACAAGCAGAAGAAGAGAAACGACAAGCAGAAGAAGAGAAACGACAAGCAGAAGGAAGACAGCGACAGGCAGAAGAGAAAAAGCAACGAACAGAAAAACAGUUGCUGCCAACUUCUCUUCCUCAAUUUUUAGAUGCAUGCCACACUUAUUUAUCUGUGGGCCUAUCCUCACGUAUAAACCACAGGACCGGAACUCAGGGGAAUCCUGAAAAUGCCGAAUCCAAACUGCGUCCAGAUAAAAUCCGAGAAUGGACCACAUUUCCCAAGGAACAGUCGCGUGUCUGGGAGGAUCUUUUUGCCACCGACUUUGUUUCGGAAGGACAUUUCACAUCCUUGCACACGCUGAAAGAAUCAAGUCAUGAGCUGCAGGUGAGAUCACUGGGCUCUGAGCUGGAUCUCCACUACUAUCAGCGAUAUACCGUUGAAGAUCGUGUGUCUAGCAUUAUUCGACAGCUACACUCCAACCAAGACCUCCGGAACCUAUUCAAUCUCAAGGGACAGAUACAAUUUGAAAACCAUGGAAAUACUUUAAGCCCUGAAAACAAAUAUACCGAGUCAGGCAUUAGCUCUUCUCAGCAGUCACCGGCGCGCAAGCGGCAUAAGAAGCUCGAUAUGGAUACCCCCCCAGAAACUCCAACCGUACGAUCAAGAUCAUCUCACCCCCGUGCCGACCAGUUCUGUGUUUACAACACCGGCUCGGACGAAGAAAUACCGGCUUAUAUCGUCGAAUACAAGGCACCACACAAGCUCACUAAGGGCAUUAUUGAGGCAGGGCUUGUGGAUAUGGAUGUUGGUGAAGUGAUCGAGAAUGUCGAGGAGGGUGAUCCCAUGAAGGUAGCUCGCUGGAGAGUUGCUGCGUGUAUAUCUCAGCCAUUUUCAUAUAUGAUCCGAGCUGGUCUUGAGAACUGCUAUCUAUGCACUGGAGAAGCGUUUAUAUUUCUCCAUGUGGAUCCUGACGAUCCCACCACCGUCUACUAUUAUCUUUCAGUUCCAAAUGAUGAUGUUGGAGAAACCACCGGCUGGGUCAGCGGUUCUAACUGCGAUAAUAAGCUACACCUGACCGCAAUAGGACAGGUGCUGGCUUUCACUCUUCGGGCAUUGAGGACGGACCCCCACGACCAGAGCUGGCGCAACCGUGCGGAGGCGAUGCUCAAGCAAUGGGAGACUCCACAUGACGAUAUUCUUGAAUCAGAUCUAGAAAAAAGCAGCGAGAAGCUGUCCGAUUACAAGCAGAAUCGAUGGAGCAGAAAUGAAUAUAUACGCAUCUCACCAGUCAAGACACGACUGAAGGGUCUAGCCGCCAGCUCUUCAUGUCGUCCCGCCGAAACGUCAACAAACUGGGAGACCAGCGACGAUGACAGCAGUGGGAAUGGCGGAUACGAUCCCGACAGUCCAAGCACGCGACUUACGGGCCGCCCCUCAAAUAUCAUGGUCGUCAUGCCUCCCCCGAAACCAGGCCAAGGGGGCAGCAAUACACAAUCAAGUGGACAGAAAUACUGCACACAGAAGUGUCUCCUGGGCUUGAUAAGAGGCGGUCUUCUCGAUAAAAAAUGUCCGAAUGUGGCAAGUCAUGGAGGUGGUAAGCGGCAUGCUAUUAAUCAGCAAGAGUUGCUGGAGUCAGCUCGCGCGCAGAUUCUGAGAAAAGAUGAUGGCCCUUUCGGUUGCGAAUCAAUGCACAAGCACGGACUUUCCGCCGCUCUGUUCUCGUUUACUCACUUCAUGCACGGUUAUAGCUUUGUGGCGAAAGGAACCCCUGUUGAGUUUGGAUAUUCCCUGCAUGAAGAAAAGGUAUAUCGAAGCCUACGAUCUAUUCAGGGUAAACGUGUUCCUGUUUGUCUGGGAAGUGUGGAUAUAUCCAGCCGUCCGCUAUAUUACGACGGUAUUGCAAGAAUUGGUUAUCUACUCUUUCUCAGUCAUGCAGGGAGGCCCAUUAGGUUACAUGAAGGUCUGGGUAUAUCUCAAAGCAUUCGAGAGGCUCUACUGGAUAUUCAUGGUCUUGGGAUUCGACAUUGUGACGCGCACGACGGUAAUAUAUUUUGGAAUGCGGAGAAUAAAGGCGCGAUGAUUAUAGAUUUCGACCGAGCAAGAAUCUCAUCCCAAAAGCGUCUCUUGAGCAAGAGAGUUUCAAAGAAGAGAAAGCGAGAUGAUGCUGCUAUUUUCUCUCGUUGUCUCCCAAAUACACAACCAGCUGCUUCCUAACGAACUUUGACUUCUUUCCUAUGAUGCCAUUGUUACCCCUCCAAGGCGAACCAUGUGAUAUAGACUUGGCGCAUUGAGGGUCAUCUUUCCAUGAAGCCAGGCCUGUCGGCACAGCUCAACCGAUCCAGGCUGGAUACCAUGUGCCCUAAUCUGACCUGUAUUCUUGGGUCUGUAUUUUGUACGGAUAUGGGACUGGAUAUGUCCCAUAACUAAUGGUCUGAAAUGAAUAGGGACCUAUGCCAACAUUUAUGUCUUCUUCCCAGAACCAAUAUGUAUUAGUCCUACUAAAAAUGAAGAGAGGGAAAAGAAGAGGUUUUAUCAAAUUUUAGACGAUGAAUGUACUGGAAGUACACAAGAAGCCGUCCUUCAAACAUGUCAGUCGACUUCAGAGCCAACUCCUUCCACUGCCGUUGAAUCAGAUACUCAGCGUCAUAACCACUCCUUCCAAUAAGAAGCAAAGGAGUACGUCUGCUUAAUUAUGGGAGGCCCCAUGGCAUAAAGGGCCACAGGGCCUAAGAGACCAUAUGGCCAGAGUUAUUUUUAGAGGGUGCUCUAUAGAAAAGUAGAAAAAGCGCUUUUAGAAAUGAUGAGGAAUUCAGUGUAUAUGAUUGGAUAAUUUAAACUUUCAACUGUUGCCCUCAUUGAUUGGCUGGAAUUAAAGCUGCUCACAAUAUAUACCUAUCAGUUCUCCCCUCGCUUAUUUUUUUGAACUCUAUUCCUAUCUUUGACUAUUUUUGGAAGGUUUUCAGAUGUUGUUCGUACCGGGAGUGGGUAAACUUUCUUCUAUUUAACUUAGCAAGACAAUAAAUAUAUGGGAUUAAAUUCUGACAUACCAGCGACUCAUUCAAGAGUUGAAAGCUGGUAGUAUUAGAAUCCCUGAAGAAUUCUGCAAUAAAAUACUUGUUUUCAUAGUGGAUGUAGAGAUAAACGUCGGCCUUGCAUUUUUGAAAGUAUUCAUACGCUUUAUUUAUUAAUGUUCUCUUUGUUCGAUUUCGCGCUUGGACAAGGCUGUCUCUCUCUGUCCAUUGACUUGAAGACUUCUCGGGAUCCGAUGGUGACAUGUCUGUUUUCAUGAAUGAGGAUAUUUGUAGGCUGGCAUAACUUGAUAGCAGGAGAGAAUGUGUCCUUUUAUAGUUAGAGAAAAGAGCUGGUCUCAAAGAUAGACUUCAUACAUUUCGAUCUAAAUUUAAUACCGACAAGGAUCAAAAUGCGUGGCCCCGUGAAAUGUGUGGCCUGACCCGCAGUGUAUGAGCGC